UAAAUCGAAAGCUGCUAAAAAGAAGCUAGCUGACGAGGCUGCGCUUAAGAAGCAAGCGAAGGAGCAAAAACAGCAAUCAAAACAUAAUACCGUUACAUCUGAUCCGAAGUCCAGGAAGAAGAAAUGUGUUAAUGAUACGGGUAUCGAUGUAAAUAAUCUAAACGAAAUAAGCUCAGUACGUGCGGAAUCAUCAGAUAAUAUUCAUCCACAUAAGAUGCAGUUGGAUUCUAUUGCCACAAUAUCAACGCGUCUUGACGACCAUAUAAUAAUGAUCAGUGCUGUACAGAAACAGUUGGCUGAACUCCAAAUUAAGCAAGUUAAAUUACUUGACGGAUGCCUUAAUUUUUUUCAUGAGUUGCAGGGGUUUCAUGCCCAAAAUGAGGAGGAAGAAAAACUGUUGCUGGAAACAUUUUUGGAAUUAAAAACUAAGAUUAAAAUUGUUUUUAAGCACUAUUUACCCUCACAGGUAGAUAUGAUGGAACGUGAUAUGAAGAUACUUCAAUCAGAUGACAAUACGAAGCAGUAAUUUAAAUAUUCAUUAU